AUGGACCAAAGUGUCUUGAGGAUCUCUGUAGAUGCGAAAGCCAACGAUCGUCCUUUCCCACGUUUCGGCCAACCGCAGAAGCUUGGUGAAUACACUGUGACGAGGGAUCGAAGUCUCGUGCUAGGCAGAGAGGAUGCGAAGUAUCUGUACGAGGCAGCAUUCGCUGACGGUGGUCGCGUGCGACUAGAUCUGAAUAAGGGAUUUGAUACGUUCGAAGAGAAGGAAGGCGAUGAGAGACUCGACAUACUGUUGGAUUGGAUCGUAUCGCAAGCCCCUCGAGGUGGUCCACUAAAGAAGGUAUUGCACGAAGCUGACUUCAUAUGCUGGCGUGGACUUUUGACUCGGAUAGCGGCGACCCCUUUCAGCCCGAAAGAUUCGUGGGAAUUUGCAGCGGCACGCAUUGGUGGUGUGAUUUUUCUGUGCGAAAGGGAGACUGAAGAAACUCGGGAAAGAAAGCUUUCCAUGACACAACGGGAAAAAAUGAUGACGUACUGGGGUUUCAAAUUCGAGCAGUAUAUGACGGUUGCUGAAAAAGAUGCCCAGCCGGACGUGGAUGAGAUUGUUACUUGCCGUGAGGAAUUUGCAGUCGUUGUUCGUUCCACUCUAGCCACUACUUCCGGCAAAUCUUUGAAACUCGUGUACAGUGGCGAAGUGGACGCUAUUAAUGCAGAAGGAGAUUUGGUGGAAUUGAAGACACAGCGUCAUGCGUUAGAAGGUUUCUUCUGGAAGCAGAAAAGUCUAAAGUGGUGGUUGCAGUCAUUUUUACUAGGUGUGCGUGAUAUUAUUGUCGGCUACCGUGAUGAUGAUGGAAUUGUCAAGAAGGUCGGAUUCGUGCACACGGAUAACCUCUGCAAACGGGGCGAAUGGUCGGGGAACGUCUGCAUGAACCUUCUUUCAACUGUGCUAACUACGGUAAAUGAUUUGCUCAAACGUGAUGGCGAAGCAUGCAUCGCUCGAUAUGAGCAGAAUCGUGAUGAAAUAGCGAUACAUUCGGCUUCAAUUUCAGAUGUAGAUUUCUUCACUUACAAUUUUCGAGUACAUUUUAACUUAGAGUGA